AUGCUGGUGGUGGAAGGAGCCCUUUCCAAAGUAGCACCCAACGCCACAGCACCGACUAUUUCCUUUGAACAAUCAGACUAUCAAGCUUCCUCGGCAAACCUGGACGAUCCGGUGGUAAUCUCAAUUCAGGUCGGGGAGCUGCUGGUAAGAAAAGUACUCCUCGACCCAGGUAGCAGCGCCGAUGUCUUAUUUCUCUCCAAUUUCAAGAAAAUGAAGUUGAGUGAAAAGUAUAUACAACCGUCUGCAGGAGAGUUGGCGGGAUUCUCGGGCAAGAGGGUCCCCGUGAUCAGCUACAUUUGGCUCAAGACAACACUAGGCGAACCACCACUAUCAAAAACAAAAGAUAUCCAAUACCUAAUAGUCGAAUGUACCAGUCCAUAUAACAUCAUCUUGGGUAGACCUUCUUUAAAUUCAUUCGACGCUAUUAUAUCCACUAUUCACUUGUGCGUUAAGUUCCAUGUGCAGGAUAACCAGGUGGCAACUAUCCAUUUCGAUCUAAAAGAGGCAUAA